AUGAAGUUUACUAAAAAACACGAUGAAAUGCUUAAACAAGUUCCAUGGAUUUUUAUUAAAGCUAAAAAUAUUAAAACUGAUGAUUUAAUAGAAGAUAAAGAACAAAAGGUUGCUGAUGAUAUUGUAGUAUUACUUGUAAAAUCUGUAUUCACAAAGAAUUCGUAUAUUAUACUUUUUACUGAUUUAAAAAAUGUUUGGUUCGAGGAAUUAUUUUCUGAUGAAAUUAAACAAAGGUUUCAGGAAAGUGAAUUAAAAAUUUCAAUUGAUAAAGAUAAUUUUUUUGAAUAUAUUUUGUUUCUAUCAGAAUUUUUUUUAAGACAACAAUUGGAUCUUUGUGUAGAAUCUAUAAGAAACUUCGGAUUAAUCGAUUUGACAUGGAAAUUUAAAUGUAAAUCUAUUACAUCAACAUCUCCUCCUUCAUCUCCAAAUUUAAAUUCAACUUUAAAAUCAGAUUCAUCCUCAAACUCAACAUCGGAUUUAAAGUCAAGUUCAACAUCUUCAAUAAUUGAUGCAUCAACAAUUUUAUAUAAUCAUAUUAUUUUACCUCAAAUGAUGGUUAUUUGUUCAUUUAAUCAACUAAUCAAUUCAUCGUCAUCGUCAUUGUCAUUCUCUGAUAACAAAGAUAACAGCAAAAAUAACAGCAAAAAUAAUAACAAAUCUGAUCCUAAUAAAGAAAUUGAAAAGGUAAACCUAUUAAAUAUAUUAGGAGAUUCGAAUAUUUUAAAUUUAUUAAACUUUUCAACAAAAAAUUUUAUUAAUUCUCAAGCAUCAACAACUACUAAUAAUAGUGAAAAAAUUGAACCAGAAAAAAUAAUUUCUUCAAAUAAAACACUACCUCUAAGAGAAAAACCAAAUGCUAUGAAUGGAUUUCGUUAUCCAAAAUAUGAUAAUGCAUGGCACAGAGCUAAACAUCCUAUGAACAAGGCAACAAUCACAACAGCAAUCUUCUGGCAAUUUGCAUGGUCCAAGAGACAGGGAUUGGAAGAAAAAAAGAAUGAUGCUAAGAAGAUUUUGAAACAAUUUAAGGUAUGGGUUCUCUUUUUUUUUGGGAUGUUAAUACUUAUCGUAAAUCAUGCUGUUUUUUCAAGUCAUGGUAGCUGUUCAGGGAAUGUGGGAGACAAUGGUUCUGCUCACAUAUGGACUAUGGUUCAACCCUGUCAGCAGUUCAUAGAAGGUAUAAAGACUGGUGGAUAUAUUGAUGAUUUUUGGAUUAAUAUGAAU